UCGGGUGCGGAACGGCGGCGGCGGCGGGCACAGGCUUGGGGUGGCGUCGGCGGCAAACUUUUGUUGCCAUGGCGAGUGGUUUGCUGGGGUGGCUGUGCGUCCGGCCGAGGCUGCGGCGGCUAAGGAGGAGGCAGAGAGGGGUGCGGCUGGUGCUGCGGAGAGGUGAGAGGCGGGCGGCGGAGGCGGGGAGGAUGGCCGGGGAGGUGAUGGUGGAGCACGUCGGGCGCCUCGUCGUGUGCCGCGGCGACGGGUUCUAGCUCGGCCGCCCGGCGCCGGUGCUCGCCAUCGAUGACCGGCUUGAGGCCGGUGCCACCUACCUCGUCCUCCCCGUCGACCGUCUCCCUCAGAUUUUGGCGAGAAGAUUUUGUGAACUAGCUGGGCUCUGCUGCCUAUGGCGGACCUCACGUUGAGCAUUGUGCAUUAGCUUCUAGCGGUCAUCGGCAAGGAGGCGGAGCUCCUGGCCGGCGUCCGCGGCGAUGUGCAGUUCAUCAGGGACGAGAUGGAGAGCAUCAACGGCCUGCUCCGCCACCUCGCCGGCACCAAGGAGCGUGCCAGCGACCACCAGGUCCGAGCUUGGAUCAAGCAGGUCAUGGAGCUCGCCUACGACUCCAACAACUGCGUCGAGAGGUACGCGCAGACGCGCUCAGGUGGCCCCCGCCGCCGCAAGGGCUUCCUCGGCCGCCUUCAUCGGGCCACCGUCCUGCCAUGGGCGAUGGUGGUCCGCCGCCGCGUGGCCACCCAGAUCCAGCAGCUCAAGGUUCGGGCGCACGAGGUCGGAGAGCGGCAGCAGCGGUACGGCGUCGUUGUCCUGCCCAAGACCUACAGCGGCGUUGUCAUCCCAAGCAUGCGCCCGCCGCCGCCGCCAUCCCGCGCAUGAGCCGCCCCAAGUUUGCGCCCACUGCCGUCGCCGCCCCGCGCCCACGCCCGAGCUCGCCAUUGCUCUCGCGGCCGAGCCACCCCGCGCUUGCCGCCGCUGCUCACGCCCUUGACUGCUGCCUUCGCCUGCUCCAGCCACCGGCCUCAGUGGGGAUGGGAGAGAGGGUUAUUUUUUCUAUUUUCUUAUUAGGCUGACACGUGGGCCCCAUAUUUUUUAAAGUAUUUUUCUGACUUGGCAACUGAUAGGCAUGUCCCAUGAAUUUUUUAAUAUAUUUUUUGCUGACUAGGAUGCCACGUUAACAAAACCAUCCUCCAAUACUACCGAGAGACCUGAUUUAAACGGUUUUCGUAACUUCGAGGGCUAAUAUUUCUGUAUUGCGGUUGAGGGAUGAUUUUGAUACUUCGUGAUAACUUGAGGGAUCCAAAGUAAACUUAUUCCGUACUAGUACGACUUCUUCAGCCUGUCUGAGAAACAUGGGCUGCCGACAGAAGGGCCGAUGCAAUGUUCUUUUUUGCAGCUGUUACUUCAACGGGUAAAGUAUCAUCUGCGAUCAAUCUGUCCGGUGCUCAAUCCUUCCUAGGUGUUGCAGAUAUCUUCCCCUCCAUUUUUGGUCACUGCAAGAAGGUCUGUACGCAAGUAACCCAACCGCAAAAAUGAUCUCGU